AUGGCUUUUCCCAAGGCCAGAAACCCUCUGGCAUUUACGCCGUGGCCGGUCACAAUAAUUACCACCGUGGUGUACCUCGCCCUGAUCAUUCCCGUUCUUGUCAUCCAUCUCAACGUCCCGGCCGCACCGCGAACUAGCCCCAAAGGCUUGAACCUCACCGAAGCAUGGCAGGACCUUCAAACUCUGACAAGAGGCUUCCAUCCGUACAACUCGCGCCGGAAUGACCAGGUGCGCGAGUGGUUGCUGGAGCGCAUCGACGCGGUCACGAAAGCCGCGCCCGCGGAAUACGCGACCUCUGAGGAACAGCCCGAGGUCUUCGUCUUCGACGAUCUGACCUCGAAUUUGACUUCGAACGAUGCCCGCACCGGUGUUUACUUCGAGGGAACGAACAUCUUGGUCUACGUCCGUGGCUGGGAGGAUAAGAAGGAUAACUGGUGGGAGGUUCCUGGCAAAAUGCCCGCCGGCAACGGCGGAGUUCUGGUCAACGCGCACUACGACAGCGUGUCGACCGGGUAUGGCGCCACAGAUGACGGUGUCGGUGUUGUGACAUGCCUGCAGCUGCUCAGGUACUUCACUACGCCGGGCCACGCGCCGCGCCGCGGCUUGGUGGUGCUUUUCAACAAUGGCGAGGAGGACUAUCUGAACGGUGCUCGGGCGUACAGCCAGCACCCGAUGGCGAAAUUUGCACAUACAUUCCUGAACCUUGAGGGUGCCGGCGCUGGUGGCCGGGCGACUUUGUUCCGCAGCUCGGAUACAGAGGUCACCCAAGCUUAUGCGAAAUCGAAGUAUCCGUUCGGGUCUGUGUUGAGUGCCAAUGGUUUCGAGAAAAUUGGUAGCCAGACGGACUACGUUGUUUUUGAGGGUAUGAUGGGCUUGCGUGGGCUGGAUGUUGCCUUUUUUGAGCCCAGGGCUCGGUAUCAUACUGAUCAGGAUGAUGCGCGGCAUACGAGUAUGGAUUCGGUGUGGCAUAUGCUGUCUGCGGCGGUUGCAACGACUGAAGGUCUUGUAUCUGACUCCAGUGACCGGUUCGAUGGCCAUCUCCGUGACGACGGCUCCGUCCCCAAUGGAAAGGGUACUCCGGCUGUUUGGUUCGAUCUUUUCGGCAGUGCAUUUGCGGUGUUCCAGCUUCACACGCUCUUUGCUUUAUCGGUUACUAUGUUAAUUGUGGCGCCAUUGACGUUGCUGGCUACCAGCGUGGCGCUUUCCAAAGCUGACAAGAUGUAUCUAUUCCGCUCAUCGGCGAAGGUGGAUGGCAGUGAAGAAAGAGUCUCACUUCGCGGUAUGCGAGGCUUCUUCCGCUUUCCCUUCCUGCUUGGGAUUCCCACGGCCGUAACUAUUGGCUUGGCUUACCUGGUGACAAAGGUGAACCCUUACAUUGUGCAUAGUAGCAGCUAUGCUGUAUGGAGCAUGAUGAUCUCUGCCUGGAUCUUCUUGGCUUGGUUUGUGUCAUGCGUGGCUGACUUUGCACGGCCAUCGGCCUUCCACCGGGUGUACACCUGGACCUGGCUGUUUGUUCUCACCUGGGCUUUGUUGGUAGUCGCCACUGUCUACGAGAAUGAGCAAGGUAUGGGUGGUGGUUAUUUCGUGUUCUUCUAUUUCGCUGGCACCUUCCUGGCUACCUGGAUUUCUUAUCUCGAGCUUUUUGCUCUCCCAAGGAAAUCGGACUUCACGGACCACUUUGCCCUAGGCUCUCGCCGACCCAGCACCUUCGGCAGUCGGCUUGGUACUGCAUCCGGGGAUGAACACCAGGAUGACGAUCCCGAAGAGGAGCCAACUGAAUCAACUUCACUGCUACAAGGCCGCCAGCGCACUACGUUUGCGAACUACGUCAACGUCUCUGGAACUCAUACAACAGAACCUGAAGAGGCGGAAGAUGAACAAGACCCGAACGUGUACGGAAACGAACAGACAUGGAGUGCCUCGAUGCCUUCGUGGACCUGGGUCCUCCAGUUACUCCUGACUGUUCCCAUCAUCCUCACUCUGGUGGCUCCACUUGCUCUGUUGGUCACCAGUGCCCUCCACCAAACUGGUCAAGAUGGCAACCCCGCAUUGUUCGUGUAUAUUGUAAUUGCCGGCCUGACAGCGAUGCUCUUUGCUCCGAUGCUGCCAUACAUUCACCGCUACACCUACCACAUCCCGAUCUUCCUGUUCUUCGUCCUUCUUGGCACACUCAUCUACAACUGCAUCGCCUUCCCCUUCUCCGACUCCAACCGCGUGAAGCUGUUCUUCUCUCAGCAAGUUGAUCUAGACAGAGGCAACACCACCGCCUCUUUGACCGGCGCAUACCCCUUCGUGGCAGACGUGGUCCGAGGUCUCCCAAGCUCAGGCGGACAAACCGAGUGCCAUCCCUGGCUCACACGCACUCAAUGUACCUGGACCGGUCCAGAACCACAAGUUGUCCCGGAGUCUUCUUCCCCCUCGCCUGACUGGGUUUCAUUCGGUAUCUCCAAUCAAGAGAAUAGCACUCACUCCGUGCGCUUCGAGGUCUCAGGCCAGAACACCCGCGCCUGCCGUAUCACCAUGGACCGCCACCCAAUCACAAACUUCAGCGUGGUCGGCUCCUCCCCUCCAGAUUCCCGUUUCUUGCAUCCUGCCUCGGACGGUAUGCAUGAAAUUCGGCUGUGGAGCCGGACCUGGGAUGGGCAGUGGACCGUGGAUGUGAACUUUUCCAAGCAUUCUGACGAGGGUGAGGAGGAACCUAUCAAAGGCCGUGUAUCUUGUCUGUGGAGCGAUAACAACACCCCCGGACUGAUUCCCGCUCUCGACGAGGCUAGACAGUAUGCGCCGGCCUGGGUGGCUCUGACUAAGCUGUCUGACGGGCUGGUUGAAGGAUACCGGGAGUUUGAGCUUGUGCGUGGAGAGUCUGGAUUGGAGCAGGCUGCGAACUAA